AUGACAGUAACUUCAAGAUUAUACACUCUUUUAGGAACCUCAAUUCUCCGCAGUUCCCUCAGUUUCUCUCAAGUUCCUCCACUUCGAUUUUGCAAACUGUUCCCUUCUCCUUCCAUUUCCCUGCGGUUUCACCGAUACAGGUCAUAUGCAGUCACAAUCGACUCUGAAGCUACUAUAAUCCCCGCCGACAGCAGAGAGCCGGAGCUUUCUGUCAAUUCUAAUCACCAAUACCAUCCCUGGCCUGAAUGGGUCCUCUUCGUCGACCGUUUAAAGAUGAAAGGAUACCUUAUUGAAAGUGCUACCGUUACUCCUCCUCCAUCCACGGUGGUGUCGGAAGACGGUGGUGGUAUGGACCGGGCCGCUUAUACAGAGAUGGGUUUGCUAAAGGAUGCUUGUUUGAGAUUCGGUCGUGAUCGCUUUGACAUUUUCAAAUCAUUGUCUACAGAAGAUAUUCAGGCAGUUGUGGAUAAAGGAUGUCCUAAUCUGUUUAGAAAGGCUGUUAACUCGGCCAAAAGAUUGAGAGCAUACCUGAAACUUGAUGAAGGAGAUGUAUGCGGUGCUUGCAAUCUGCGUGGAUCCUGUGAUAAAGCAUAUGUUCUGGUUAAUGACUCUGAAGGAGCUGCACGUACAGUGGAUAUCAUUCGCAUUUUAUUGCUCUAUGCAUUAGAUCCACUUGUUACUUCUGGAGGAGAGAAGCCUCCAGGUAGAGACCUUAUUGAUAUAUCAGCAAGAAAAUUGCUUUCGAAGAUGAUUGAGCUCAGUGAAACACCUCCUGAUCCUGAAGUUCCAAAGCCUGCUGUCAUAACUUCUCAAAAGAAGAAACAGUCUCAUGAUUCUGUAGUUGAUGAAAGGUCACGCAAUGUUGAGAUGAAAAGAGGAGACUGGAUGUGUACCAAAUGCAACUUCAUGAACUUCGCUAGACAUGCAAGAUGCUUCAAAUGCGGAGAAGGUGGACCCAAGAGUGUUCACGGGGAUGAUGUUGAAAUCAAGAAAGGAGAUUGGAUUUGCUCUGAAUGCAAUUUUAUAAACUUCUCUAGAAAUAUACGAUGCCUGAAAUGCAAAGCAGAAGGACCUAAGAGGGUUUCUGUUGAUGAUGCUGAAAUGAAAAAGGGAGAUUGGAAUUGCACUCGGUGUGAUUUCAUGAAUUUUGCAAGCAACCGCAAGUGUUUACGCUGCCAAGAGCCACGGCCCAAGAGGCAACUGAAUCCUGGGGAAUGGGAGUGCCCCGAUUGUGAUUUCUUGAAUUAUAGGAGGAAUGUUGUUUGCAAGAAAUGCAAUCAUGAUCGCCCCAAAGAAUCGGAGACACGGUAUGAAGAGCAGAUUUGGAAGAAACCUUUUUAA